UUAUUCAUCCUGUUCCUGUGAUAAUAUAGUUAUAAGGAGGAGCCUAAUUGAAUUUACUGUCUGGCUUUGGCCAAUAGGGCGAUAAGGAUCCAGCAGAAUGGGAUGACGGUGAAUCCUGCCAGUGUGCUGUGAAUGUGAAGCAGGAGGGACUGGCAGUUUGCGUGCAGGAGGGAAAGAGAAGAGGUCCAGGGCACCCGGAUUAGCAGCCCAAGGAAAGGAGAAGAACAAAAACAUAACUGAAAAACAAAGUCAUAUUCCUCCAGCAGGAUUUCAAGGAGGAAAGCCUGCCUUCCUGCAAGGAAGUUCCCUACACACACACAGAAGCAUUUCCCCAGGACUGGUGACACUGUUGUUCAGUCUUUCUCUUGCUAAGAGGGCUUCCACACAACUUUUCAACAAUGAAUUUCCUCCGGAGACGUCUCUCAGACAGUAGUUUUGUGGCAAAUUUGCCCAAUGGCUACAUGAUGGACUUGCAGCGCCCCGACAACUCCACAAGCUCCCCAGUUUCUCCUGCCAUGGAGAGAAAGCACCCACAGCCACCGCAGCCCUCACAGUCUUCCUCUACUGGCACCAGCAUCUUCAGCUCCAUCUCCAGUGCCAUGAAGCAAACCACACAAGCAGCUGCGGGACUCAUUGAUCACUCAACAAGCCCCACACCACCUGUGGCUCCAAAACCUAAGAUCCUCCUGGUGAUUGAUGAUGCACACACGGAGUGGGCCAAAUAUUUCCAAGGGAAGAAGGUGAAUGGAGAAUUCGAUAUUCGCGUGGAACAGGCUGAGUUCUCCGAGCUGAACCUGGCUGCAUAUGUCAGUGGUGGCUGCAUGGUGGACAUGCAGAUCAUGAGGAAUGGCACCAAGGUGGUAAGGUCCUUCAAGCCUGAUUUUGUCCUGAUCCGGCAGCAUGCCUACAGCAUGGCACUAGGAGAAGACUUCCGCAGCCUCAUCAUCGGCCUCCAGUAUGGUGGCAUCCACACUGUCAACUCCCUCUACUCUAUCUACAACUUCUGCAGCAAGCCCUGGGUGUUUUCUCAGCUCAUUAAAAUCUUCAACUCGCUGGGUCCUGAGAAAUUCCCCCUCGUGGAACAAACUUUCUUCCCAAGCCAUAAGCAGAUGGUCACAACUCCGAAUUUCCCGGUAGUGGUCAAGCUGGGACAUGCUCAUGCUGGAAUGGGGAAGGUGAAAGUUGAGAACCAGCACGACUUCCGGGACAUGGCGAGCAUCGUAGCCAUGGCAAGAACCUACGCCACCUCUGAGCCAUUCAUCGACUCCAAGUAUGACAUCCGAAUCCAGAAAAUCGGCAACAAUUACAAGGCUUACAUGAGGACGUCUAUCUCUGGAAACUGGAAGGCAAACACAGGUUCUGCAAUGCUGGAACAGAUUGCAAUGACAGAGAGGUACAGACUCUGGGCGGAUGCCUGCGCGGAAAUGUUUGGAGGUCUUGAUAUUUGUGCUGUCAAAGCUGUCCACAGCAAAGAUGGAAAAGACUAUAUCAUUGAGGUGAUGGAUAGCUCAAUGCCCCUGAUCGGGGAGCAUGUGGAAGAGGACAGACAGCUUAUAGCAGAUCUGGUUGUUUCCAAAAUGACUCAGCUUGUCAUCACUGCUGGAUCUACCCCAUCACCGCUGAGGCCUUGGCCUCCACAAGUUCAGCCUCAGUCAGUGAAAACUCAGCCUGGACCUCAGCUCGCACAACUGUCCCAGCCACGGCCUCCUCCACAAGGUGGGCCACGCCAGCCUCAGGCAUCUCAGCCUCCACGGACAAAUGCACCUCCGCAGCAACGGCUCUCUCCUCAAGGACAGCAGCCCCAGAGUCCCCUAUCCACUUCACCUCAGCAGCAAAGGUCACCUGGAUCUCCACAGCAAGUCCGAUCAGCAACUGGGUCCUCUCCAGUCCAGGCUUCCAAGACAGGCGUGUUCCCACCACAGCAGCCCAGACCCCCUGCUCAAGGCCGGGCUCCUAGCCAGCCAAGCCCUACUGAAACGUCCAAGCAGCAAGCCAACCCACACCCGCAUCUGAACAAAUCGCAGUCCCUGACAAACACCUUCAGCAUAUCUGAAUCAUCUCAGCGGGGAAACCCCAACGAAGAUGAAGCAAAAGCUGAGACCAUCCGCAACCUGAGGAAAUCAUUUGCUAGCCUGUUUUCCGAUUAACAGUCCUGCAUCUGGAUCUGUGCUUUGGUCAGCCUUCACUCUUCAUAUAUCCAAUGUCAUCCUGGAAUAUACUCAGUGGCACCCAGCAAUUACAGCUAAUACCUGGGUAAAAGGAAUUUAGAAAACUACAGUUGUUUUAAUACAAAGAAAAUAUUCUAAUAACGGCCUGAAAAGUGACUGUAUGAAAGUGGCACUAUUUCAUUGUUUUUUUGUGCAUAAUCAGAAUCAUGUAUGUUCAAAUGACUGAGUUGUAAAUCAAAUUUUACUCCUGCUAACCCCUGUGUAGUCAACAGUUAUUACAGUGCAAACUAGAUUUUAUUUUGGUUUGUAUGUAGUCCAUACAAUUGCUAACUUCCAAUUACAGAAUCCCUGUUGAGGCUAAGAUAAAAGAAAACAAGCUUAUUUCAGAAGCAGAUGUGCAAAGAUGGAGGCACAUAUUCAUUGACUGAUAAAGCGACCAUGCCUGAGCAUGGAAACACUGAACCGUGGAACUUCAUGAUCCCAACUUUACUAAAAGUCACUUUUCAGAGUAAAAUUACUCAUUCAAGUUAAAUACAGUACCAGGCAUCAGUAAACACCGAAGAUCACAUGAGCAGGUCAUCCGGAUGAACUGCUGGUUUGUUCCAGAUCACUCUGCUCAUAGCAGUUAAAACGUCUGUUUCAUGCCUUGCAUUUAAGUCCCCAGCACGUGAUUCCUGAGUUCUGAGAGAAAAAGUCAUGUUCUAACCCUGUAGCCUUAGCUCAAAAAUAACCUGAGAAAUGGGCCUUCCACAAGAAAAAAAAAGGGGGGCAGAACUUCUUUCCCUGUCCUUAGAAAUAGUAGAGAGUUCAUAUCCACUUUUCACACAAAUUUCAGACAAAACCCAGCUAAACUCCAAGCAUUUUGGUGACUUGGUCACAUCUGGCUAAGGCUAUCCCCCAGGAACAUGGUUAAUUAAUAGCAGAGCUGAUGAAGUGCACAUACUUGUGUGCUGAGUGUUCCAUAAUAUAGAUGGGACAGAGAGAUGGAGUGAAAUCCUGUCUUGCUCCUUGAACUCCCAUUGACUGGGGCGAGUGCAAAAUGAAUCAAGGUGACAGACCUGUGAUAGAACAGGAAAACUGUCAUUUCAAAAUAAGAUGAGCUGGGGCCCAUCCAGAGACACCAAGCAAUGGGAUGGCAUGUAUUGCCCCAAGCAGGUAACAGUCUUCCAGAGAAGACAGAGAGAAAUCUUUGCUGACUGUGGUUUCCCUCAAGUUCUGUCAAGUACUUGAGUCACAAAUCAUGCAUACAAUUUGAAGGCCAGACUUCUGGCUUUAUGCUUCCCUUUGCAACUUCACAUCAGUUGCUCUUAGGAAUACCAAGGGAGGAAGGGAGGUCAGGAAGCUAAAAACAUUGGAGCCAGUGGCACAGAUUUUUGCUGUCACUUGAAGAGAGAGGUCUUCAAAUCAGCAAAACCAUCAGCAAUAGUUGACAUUUUGGAUCUCAUGAUUCACUGGAGGGAACAAAGCCAAACAAACCAUUCCUUACUGCACAGAACCUGUAACAAACAUCUAGAUCCAAUGCAGUCACCUGGACCUAGCAUGACCAACCCCUGAGCAGGCCUGUACAUACAUAACAGCUUUUGUGACCUGUGCACUUUCAGGCAAGUAACUGCAUAGCUUUUCCAGCUUGGAAGGCUCUCGAGACUCAUCUGGACCAAUGAUUUAUACCUCCCACUUCGAAUUAAAGAAUCACCCUAUUCCAUAAUGAUUAAUCUUUUUUUUUUUUUCAGCUCUACGUUGUCCUUCCAGGUUUGCUAGCAGUUUACAAUGUUGCAUCAUAAAUACAUGUCACUGCCUGAGAAAGAAAACAGACCCUGCUGUUCUGCAGUCUCCAGGAGCAAUAAAAGAGUGACAAAUGACCUUGAGCAAACACUGUCCCACUAGCAAGAACAAUAGCAGAUUAACAGACUCCACUAUAUGGAGAGAGGUAACACAACCCUGGUGGGAGAGGAUUUCCUUCUGUAACGCUUCGCUCAGCAUAGCUUAUGCCUUUCCCUACUACACAGUCACCAGAGAUGCAAAGACAGAUACAGAAGUUUAUUGCCAGAAUCCUCAAUUGCUCUAUCAAAUCUUCUUACGUCUCUUACCAAUACAGCCUAUACAAAAUGGAGUAACUACUGACUAGUAAGGCAUGGCCCCGUAAAACGACCCCAGUUGCUCACUGAAGCCACAGCAGGGGAAUCAUUUGCUGGUGCUGCACUUGAGCACAGCAGGGCUGUCCUGCAGCUGACCACCGCAGCAGGAUAGCACUGCUGGUUUGAUGCCCAGCUGCCAUCUCAGACCUGCCUGCAGCUCCCAACUGUCAUCUUUCAAGGGACAAGCAAACAGAAUGUGAUCUCCCCUCCUCCUAGCUCCAGCUUGCAGAAAUUAGUAAAAGUAACAGGCAGUAGCAGCUUAUCCUGCCUAUUGCUAUAGUUCCUAAAAAGCAUUUUCAGUUCUGUCCACAAGAGUGCUUUAACGAACAUACUGAGCCGAUGUCCUGAGAUAAAAUGAUGAAACUCUGUACUGUGCCCUAUAAAUGCCCCAACAGUACACUUCAAUCUACAAACUAGAUAUUGUGGCUAACAGAUGAUGCACAAACACACCAUUGUAUGUUGAGGUUAUCACUUUCGAUGCAGGGUUUCUAUUCCAAAAUCCCUACAACCUAACAAAGCAACAGAGAGAGGAAAUGCAAGGAUUAUAUUCUCCAUUUUAUGAGUCGUGAACUAAGGCAUACCCAACUAUUUAGGUACCUAAGUAUAACAGCUGGAGUUGAGUACAGCUAAAAAGGCAACACAGAAGUUGGUGAAUAGCAGUUACAUUUAAAUCACAGGACAGACAUGCCCCACAGCAUGCCUUGGGGUCCUUCUCACAGCUGUGAAAACUGAACACCUGGUCAGAGCACACUGGGUCUCCCUUUUGUCCUGCAUGCUUUAAUUUUCUUCACAUGGAUGCCAGGAAACAUGAAUAGAUGUGUGUGUUUGGAUUCAGCCCAAGAAGCUGGGACACAGCUAAGACACCCACUCAUAUCCACCACCUGGAAAAUGACUUUACAUUUUGCUUUUCAGAUACACACCGAGGAACAUCUUGACCUUCUUGUAGUAUUUAUGUGUGGCAUUUCAAGAGGAAUGUAACUCACGUUCUCAUGCAAUUAAACAUCUUGUAUAAAGCUAGGGCUCAGAAUAGCAGUCCUGCUCCAGUAACUGCAGCUGUACCUUCUUCUCUCUCACUGAUCACAGACAGGUACAUAGGACCUUAUACCUUGCAUAUGCCCUUUUUUCUUUUUAAUGAAGUUGUCUUAAGUUUUAGGACAAAGGUAAAACAAUAAAAAGACAAAAAAAAAAAAAAAAGAAAAAAAAUAAGUUUCCAAUUUCCAAAUGAAUGUUAGUAGCAACCAUACAGCACUGGAUACAGAUGAACAGUACACGUAAGGAAUGGGGGCCACCUUAAGGCACUUCACCUUUUGUGGCAUCUCUUCUGUAGUUUGCAAACAGCAAUUACACAUAUACAUGUCUUAGAAGCUGCCAAAUAACAAAAAUAAGUAGCUGGUUUUCACAUAUUUCCUGUUUUCUUUUCCUUUUAUACUGUUGGUCCUGAGAUAGUCACAUAGUAUUUCAUGUACUGUUUUAUGAAUUAAGGGAACUCCUCUGUAGGAAACUCAACAGUUCAGGAUAAGUCAGAUUCCUUUCUCUUUGGCUCACGAUGCCUUCACUACACUGUGAAGGAACAAAAAAGAAAAUGAAGGAAUAUCUUCAGGUCACUCAUUGGCAUAUCUGUAAUAAUGCUGAGUUCAUUUCUUCACAAACAAAUGUCCAAAUGACAAAAUCCAGCAUAAACAGAACAUGUGGCAUAAGCCUGGGAGACAAAUGACCAGGUUGUCUUUGUGGCAGAGGGCUGAACUCCACAGCAGCAAGAAGUGUGCCCGCAGAGUGAGCAAUGUGGAUAUCAUCAAGGCAUUAGUAAUGAGUACCUUCGGUACCACAAAAUUAAUCUAUCACACACAAAGAUCAUUGUUCCCAGAAAUAGCUUGAAAAAAAAGUGAAGAAUAAGUUACAAAAUAUUUUAUCAGUUAAAAUUGGGUGACCUUAUCUAAAUAUAAUGUAUGUGUUUCUGAAGAAUUCAGCACAAGGACAAAAUGGUGCAAGAUCCACAGUGUGGACAUCCCUUUUCUUUCUUAUAGCCAGUGGAAUAUAAAGAAUCACUGUUAGCUCCAAGAUGCGCUUCACUUAAGUGAAGAACCCAUUGGAACAAGGAAAUUCAACCACUUUAGGAAAAUGUUAAAAAUUAAGGCUAGACUUGGCAUCAAAUGGGAACCACUGCCCCCCAGAUUCUAUAGAUACUCAUUCUCCAGCGUUUGAUAAGGGCAGGAUUUGCACUGGUAUGCUGUAGCUGUGAAGUAGGAGAAGGGAAAAAAAGGAAAUGCAACUUUUGAGAGCAAAAUAAAGUAUUAUAUUUUACUCCCGUGGGAGUUAAUAACAAAACUUUCUGACCAUACUGAAGUCAGCUGAUUUUAUACAAAACAAGAUGAAUCACUGAAAUACCACCUGAAAAAGCACAUAAUGUUACCGAUUAAACAGCUUGUAUUUAAUAGGAAAUGUAAUCCAUUUCCCUUCUUUGAAUUCCAGAAGGAUUGUAGAAAAUAGUAUCAGCUGUCACAACAGUCAUCAGUACCAUUUACAUCUUCAGAAACAGAUAUCAAUCCAUCUUAAAAAGGAAAAAAAAAAGAAAAAAGUUCUAGCAAAGUUUAGUUAUUCCAGUCUUUCUUUAAUUGAGCUUCAGCAUCAGACUGAAGAUCUCAUCAGAAGACUUUAACAGCGACCUUGUUAGUUGUUCAUUAAUUAACGAGACAACAAUUGAAAGG